UUUUACGACUUUGUUUUCAUAGAGAAUUAUAUUUUAAGACUUUACGAAAAACAGAUAAAAGCAUCGGUGCAGCGGCUGUAUAAGAUUUUUAUUAGAGCAUCAGAAUGCCUGUGGUCGAGGAAGCACAAAUCACAAAAUUACUAGCCAAGUAUAAAAAUGUGGGUGCCACACGAAAAGACGUCGUUGAUGUGGUCUCCUCCUAUCGCAGCCUGACAUAUACUCUACAAAAAUUUGUUUUCAACGAUGGCAGUUCUAAAGAAUUGUUUAAAUUGCACGGUACCAUUCCGGUGGUCUAUAAAAGCAACACCUACUACAUUCCAAUAUGUAUUUGGCUGAUGGAUACGCAUCCACAGAAUGCCCCCAUGUGUUUUGUACAGCCGACGCCUACAAUGCAGAUCAAAGUAUCCAUGUAUGUGGAUCACAAUGGCAAGGUCUAUUUACCAUAUUUGCACGAUUGGCAACCACACACGUCUGAUCUGCUCUCGCUAAUUCAAGUUAUGAUUUUGACAUUCGGCGACCAUCCGCCUGUUUAUUCAAAGCCCAAGGAACAAGUGGCUGCGCCCUAUCCAACGAAUUCUUUUAUGCCUCAGCCAGGCGGACCUGGGUCAGGCAACUCAUAUCUGCCCUAUCCUACUGGUGGCGGUGGUGGUGCUGGUAGUAAUUUUCCACCGUAUCCGACAAGCAGCAAUUUUGGACCAUAUCCCCCAUAUCCGCCAGCUGGCGGUGCAGGUGGUGCGCCCAAUGCCAGCGGCUAUCCACCGUACAUGAAUUUUCCACAACCGGGUGGUGCCUAUGGUGGUAGUGGAGGCUAUAAUCCAGCUACCAGCAAUGCCAGUUCAACAGGAACCAUCACUGAGGAACACAUCAAAGCUUCACUUAUAAGCGCAGUAGAGGACAAACUACGCCGUCGCAUACAGGAGAAGGUAAAUCAGUACCAGGCCGAGAUCGAUACGUUGAAUCGCACUAAACAGGAAUUGGUGGAGGGAAGCGCCAAAAUUGAUGCCAUUAUAUCGCGACUGCAGCGCGAAGAGGUAGAACUGAAAAAGAAUAUAAGCAUAUUGCAUGAUAAGGAGCAAGAAUUGCAAAAAAGUCUAGAUGCUCUCGAGAAUGCCGAGGCCAUUGAUCCAGAUGAGGCUGUGACCACAACAGCACCGCUGUACCGACAAUUACUCAAUGCUUAUGCCGAUGAGGCAGCCACGGAGGACGCCAUCUACUAUCUGGGAGAAGGAUUACGCGGUGGUGUCAUCGAUCUUGAGGCAUUUUUGAAGCAUGUACGAACACUUUCGAGGAAACAGUUCAUCUUGCGCGCCACUAUGCAGAAAUGUAGACAAAAGGCUGGUCUGGCUGGUUAGUGGUUGGUCCAGGUACAUCUUAAGCCGACUCACACUGUCACAGUUAUUAUUUCAACUUACUCUAGAAUGCAGUGCAUACAUGUAUACAUAUGUAUAAUCUAUUCACAUGCUAAAAGUUCUAUGUUAACGAGUUAAUAUAUUCGGCAUUGUUUUAAGCAAUCUACUGAAUCUGCAAAAUUUUAAAUAAAUAUAUAGAUAUACCAUACGUUCACUCACAA